AUGUCUAUUGGAGGGUCUAACAAGAUAACUUUUCUACCCAUAUUUUCCAUUCUAGUAGUGGUUACAUUUGUUCUUGGAAAUUUUGCUAAUGGCUUCAUAGCAUUGGUAAAUUCCAUUGAAUGGGUCAACAGACAAAAGAUCUCCUCUGCUGACCAAAUUCUCACUGCUCUGGCAGUCUCCAGAGUUGGUUUGCACUGGGUAAUAUUAUUACUUUGGUAUGCAACUGUUCUGAAACCAGAUUCAUACAGUUUAGCAGUAAGAAUUACUAGUACUAAUGCCUGGGCAGUAACCAACCAUUUCAGCAUCUGGGUUGCUACUAGCCUCAGCAUAUUUUAUUUGUUCAAGAUUGCCAAUUUCUCUAACUUUAUUUUUCUUCACCUAAAAAGGAGAAUUAAGAGUGUCAUUCCAGUGAUACUACUCGGGUCUUUGUCAUUUUUGGUUUGUCAUCUUGUUGUGGUAAACAUGGAUGGGAGUAUGUGGACAAAAGAAUAUCAUGGCAACGUGAGUUGGGAGAUCAAAUUGAGUGAUUCAACACACCUUUCAGAUAUGACUGUAACCACGCUUGCAAACUUAAUACCCUUUAUUCUGUCCCUGAUAUCUUUUCUGCUGUUUUGUUCUUUGAAUAAACAUCUCAAGAAGAUGCAGCUGCAUGGCAAAGGAUCUCCAGAUCCCAACACCAGGGUCCACAUAAAAGCUUUGCAAACUGUGAUCUCCUUCCUCUUGUUACUUGCUGUUUACUUUCUGUCCCGAAUCACAUCAAUUUGGAAUCUUAGGAGGAGGCUGCAGAAAGAACCUGUCCUCCUGCUCUGCCAAACUCCUGCAAUUAUAUAUCCUUCAUUUCAUUCAUUCAUCCUAAUUUGGGGAAGCAAGAAGCUAAAACAGACCUUUCUUUUGAUUUUGUGUCAGAAUAGGUGCUGA